AGCUCAGUGAAGGUCAUGGAGGAAUUGGACAAGCAGGCUCUGGGGAAGGAAAAAAGAAUGAAAACGUCAACCCGCCGCUUGACGCGUAAUGAUGAUAAGAUUCUUGGUCAGAACACGAUGCGGAAGAAGGAAGUGGUGGUGGAAAAUCAGAAAUUCCACACCAAUAAAAUGAGGACAUAUGCUAGUGCCUGGACUCCUGUUGUCAAUAAGCCAGCAAAUGAACAGAUAUUUAAUGAAAGAAGGGAUCUGAUUUCCCACUGGUUUGAUCUUUGGACGGACUCUCAGAGGAAGCGAUUUUUUGCGGCCAUCUUUCAGCAGUGUGAACGCCCCCAGUAUAAGUUUGUACAGAACUGGUUCCAGGAUAACGUCCCUCUACAACACCUGGAUUUCACCACCGUCCUCCCGAAGUUCCUCUCCCUGUAUAUAUUCUCCUUUCUGGACCCCCAGUCUCUCUGCAGGUGUGCUCAGGUGUCAUGGCAUUGGAAAUUCCUGUCUGAACAGGAUGUUGUGUGGAUGCCUAAAUGUUUGAAUUAUGGCUGGUUCCUGCCUUACAAGGCCCCAGACAAUGAGUUUGGAGCCUGGAAGAAGUAUUACCUGGGCUGUGUACAGACCCCGGACUACAGACCAGCAUUGGACAUCCAGGAAUCCAAACCAGUUCAGAACCAGUCUCCUAGUAAGAAGAAGAAACAUCCAAAAACUCCUCGGGGAUCCGGAAGAAUGUCCCCCACAAGUAGUAGUACAGCUAUGAAGAUCCGUCCCCCGUGGGUAUCUGCCUCGUUGAAGCCACAUGACCUUGACAAGUCCUUCUAUGCAUUCCUCCAUGGCGCCAAUCCCAAUGACCCUAAAUUACCUAAGUCUGCCCUGGUCUACCACAACAAGUGGGGAAUCAUUAGGAAGAACCAUGAGCUGGCACUGAGCAAGUCCCAUGAUUUUGAUCUGGGGCUAGGAUCCACACAUAGGAAGGAGGGGCACAGACUCAUGACAUCUAGAGAAGACUACGACCUGAACAAGUCAGCCCAGAGGAAGUCUCUAUCUGAGGUUAUGGACCUGAUUAACCUAGAGGAGAGACGAAAGAAAAACCUGGUGGAUUCCCCCUGGAACCCCCCAGUACAGGGCAACAGGACCAAGAUGCAGUGGUUUGGGAGUGAUACCCUGAUGUCUGGUUAUGAGGCCUACCCCACCUCCACAGAGUUUAGGACCCUCAGUAGAACCCUCCCACCCACAGGAAUAGAGGAGGCCGACCAUCCACGCGUCGUAUUCAUCUCCUCCCGAGUCCCUGCAGCUGAUCUGUUGGUUGAUGCGGUACUGUUUGGAGUGAUUCCUGUUGUGUAUGAGUAUGAAGGAACAACAUCAGAGGGCCUGAUGAUGAAACUUGAAAAAGUCCUGGCAGGACGCAGGGCAAGGAGUAUAGGACUAUUUUGUCACUCUGAAGAGCCAGGAGAGCUGCGAUUGGCUCAUGGCUGCACUGUUACCAUGGAGACAUUAUACCGAGCAGACAUUAUGGAUUUCUUCACUAAGGUGUGCAGACGUAACAUUCUGCCCACAGAUCAGGGGGGACAGUUUGAUGUUUUUGUUCCUUUGGCAGCAAGUGAGCCAGGACUGGAGAUAUUGGUUCAGUUAAGCAUCAAGACAGAGCUACAGUUCUCCUCACCCACAGGCAUCAUAGGAAACUUCAACCAUGUAAACUCUGACUGGAUGAUCCCAUACAAGGAGGGUCGUCCUGCUAAAACUGUUCAGCCUCCCCAGGUCUACUUCUGUCAGAGUAAACUGGACGUGUGGUCACACGUGGCUGACCAGGCCAUCGAGGCGUUGGCUUCCUGUAAACAACACCUCGGUCACUUCCUGGAAUACACCCACAGGGACAUUGUGUCCCAGCUGACUGGUCAGUUGGUGUUUGAUGUCCUGGGACAGUCUGAGAUUCAGGGAGUGAAUAACGUCACCAGCACCCUGUCUGAGGCCUUAGUACAGCUGGGCAAACAGGAGAAUGAUGUGAAUUUGGUUUUAGGACAGUACCUGCUAAAGAAGGUUGCACUUUUAACUUCCAGCUUACAACAGUCCCUUGUACCAGCUGAGAGUUAUGAGGAUGAAGAUGAAGAGGUCACCAGGAUCAAUGGUCAUGGUCAAACUGAGGGUCAGGAGGAAGAGGUCAAGGCCGACUGGGGAGACAUUGAACCAGAGGAUCGAGAAAUCGAAAAUUACUACACACAACACCAUGAUCAUGAUAGUUCUGACCCACCCCCACUCGACGACUCUUCACAUCAGUUGGACGAGGAAAACGAUGAUAUUGUCAAAGACAGGAGUCUGAGUGAGACAGUUAGACCCCCAGCAGACAUGCCAGAGAAAGCGCAAAUGGAACAGAGUGAAAAAGAAGAAAACCGACGUCAAAGACAACAGAAAAAUCAGCGACUUGUUCAACAGGCAGACAAUUUACGAGUCACAUUUGGUUCAAUGAGGCUCACUGGCAAAUAUGAACGACUGAGCGCGAAGCAGUUCCAUGACCAUCCAGAAAAGAGAACACCCAUCGCCAUGGAGAUACUUAGUAGCGAGGUGGAGUACAAUAGAACUCUUCAGGCAGUGAAGAAAGUUUAUGUUGAUCCACUCAGAGCUGCCUUAAACUCUAACAGGGCAAUAGCAAGUUUUCAAAAUGUACAGAUUAUUUUUACUGACUUGCUGCAGUUGUUGGAUGCAAGCAGUGAGAUGCUUGCCGACCUGAAGGAUCGCGUAGCUGAAUGGGAUCCCACCCACUCCUGCCUGGGAGAUAUUUUUGUGCGGUUCUGUACCCACCUUAAGUUGUACACUAACUUUGUCAAUAACUAUGAUGUCAUCUUACAAUGUAUAGAACGGACCAAAGAGCAAACCCCUGCUUUCCGAGCUUUCCUAAAACGUCAUGAGAGAAUUCCUGCCACUAGAAUGAUGACGUUACCCGAGUUGUUGCUGUUGCCGGGACGACGGAUCAAUGAGUAUGUGACCCUAUUGAGUUGGUUUGAGGUCCACACCCCCUCCACUCAUCAGGACCGAGCUGACCUGGCCGACGCCAUAGCAACACUUAAGGUGGUCAAUAGGCAUGUUCAGGAGAGCAAGACCAGAAUGGACAGAGACAGAAAGAUGAUAAAGUUACAGAAGACUAUUCUUAACUGCCCAAGUUUACUAGAAUCCAACAGAUACCUCAUCAAACAACAAGACGCUGCCAACAUGAGACCACCAUCAAACGAGAGCACUGUACCAGAACUCAGGGUGUACCAGCACAUAGAGAUGUUAGGCCUCUUCCUGUUUAAUGAUGCCUUGGUGGUGACCAGGAGAACAGACAAGAACUUCCCCUUCACCAGAGCCAGGGAGCACACCUAUAUGUUUGAGAGCAGCCUAGCUCUGUCCAGACUGAGGGUCCGAGACAUCCCAGAGUCCAAAUAUAUACGAUAUGGAUUCAAACUAGAAACCCCUAAGAGAGCUCUUCACUGUGCUGUGGAAACGGAGGAAGAAAAAUUCAACUGGAUCAGCCUAUUGGAACAGUCUAUAAGAUCAGCCAUCGACAUUCAGUGAUCUGGAGCAGACCAUUCAGUGGUGUUUACAGGGCCAGCAUUCAAUCACUGCCCAUAAUAAAAAUAUACACUGAGUAUAUAAUCUAUGCACUUUAGCUUUAAAAUCAAAUUUAGUCAUCUUUAAGCUAAUUUCAUAUUUUAUAAAGUUAAUUUGGAUAAAUAUUUAUAAUGUUUUUGUUAUCUACAUAUAUACAUGUACAUUGCUGUAUUUAUUGAUUUUUGAAUAGAUUUAUCUUUAUCUUAUUAAUUAAUUUCACACUUUUUUUUUAUUUUAAAGAAGUUAUUCUUCAUUUAUAUUUACAUUUUUUUUAUCUUUAUUGUUUUGUCUGUGAUAUUUACCAAUAUUUGCUAUUAGAAUAGUGCUAGCUUAGUUUUUUGAGAAUAUUUUGUCUAUAUUGUACCUUUUCAUUUACCUGACCAUAUUAGAGGCUUCAUUGUCAAUCAAACUUAACCAUUAUUUUAUCAUUGUUAAGUGUAUAUCUUUACUGCUAUGCUCUGGCAAUUUAUAAGGAGAACAGCUUGUUUUUUAAAAAAAUUCAGAAAUUAGCAUGUAAAAACAGAAAAAUAUUUUGUAUAUGUGCAAGUGCUGUGAACACACAUUUUAAGACACCUUUAUUUUCACAAAACUAAUUUUUAACUUGUGCCCAGAUGGCAUUUUUUGCACACAAAGCACCUCUGUUGUUUUUCUCUAUUUACUGUAUUCCCUCCUUCCAUUUUUGUCGGCCAUGUUUGUUCAGGGUUUUACAAUGCAGUACUGUUGAAUUUUUGUUUGUGUAUUUAUAUAUCUGUCUUCUUUGUGAUAUUUUAUUAUGAUGGACUGUUCUUUGUUACAUCAAGGUCUUUUCCUAUUGUUGAUUUGAUCGUUCCUGUUGAUAUAUAAGUACAAAACAAAUAUUUACUGCUAUAUGCUGGAAGUUUAAAACAUAUUGAUUUCCUCAUUAUAAAUGAUAGUUGUUUAUUAACAUAUAAACCUGUGAUACUUCUACUCACCAGGGUAGAUUUAAUAUAGUUUGGUAGAGAUUUAAAUGGUUUUAAUACACAAUUGCUGUAAGAUCAUGUGUCACUAAACUAUAUUUAUUUGAAAGAGAGCACUACCACAAUUUUAUUUUUUAUUUUAAAAUUUAUUUUUAAAGAUUUUUCCAAUUUUUUGGAAAUCACAGAUAUGUUUAUUAUUGACAUGAUAAAAUUUAUUUUAAGACAAAUUUCCGGUGAAUUAUAAUACCGCAAGUAAUUCAUUGACGUGAUGUUCUAUUUUUUUAAGAUAAGCUACUUUAAAAAGUAUGAAUUUCACAAGUUUAUUAGUAAAAUGCAUACGUUUAAUAUGCAUAAUAAGUGUCCAGUGUGAUUUGAUAUAAUUGAGCUGAUAUAUGGAAGAUUUGUGACCUGCAUAAUUUGUUUGAUUGCACUGCACCUCUUUGUUGUUUGUUUUCUUAGUGUGAAAUAUUCACUUGAAGUUGCAAGAUACUGUAUACAGGGAAAUUUUCGCCCCCGUUUUAUUUUCGCCCCUUUCGCCCUACUCUCGUUCGGGCGAAUUUAAAACGGGGCGAAUUCAAAGAAUACAGUAUAAUUUCUUAAACAAAACUAUGAUUGGGCGAAUUUAAAACGGGGCAAAAUUGUUUGCAAGUGUAAAAGGGCGAAAAUAAGACGGGGCAAAAAUAACCCUGUAUACAGUAUUUUUGGAAUGGAUGAUAUUCAAUCUCCUGGAGAUUUGUAAUGACAUCUAUCCAAAGCCAAGAAUGACGUCAGUUUGUCCUAGAUUUACACUCAGAUUGGAGUCUAGCUGUGUAUUGAUGUUUUAUAUAAUUAGAUAUCAACUGACUGCUUACAAUCAGAUAUUUUGUGUAGACUUGAUCUAAUGAACAGAAUGUUAUGAAUUUCUGGAUUUUUAUGAUACAACAUUUGUAUGUUUUUCUUCAAAUUAUGGUUAUUUUUCAUAGAAUGUAUAGGGAUGAAAAGAAAACAUUGAAUAGCUUAAUAAAAUUUUCAUUUUUUACAC